CCCGGCGUUCAAAAAGGGAGCGCGCCCUUGGCAUUUAAAGCAGUCAGGUCCCUCGCGUCACUACUCCACGCUGUCGCGGGCGUGAGCUGAGUUUACAUUCCGGGCACGGAGUGAAAACACGCUCAAAAACACACACACACCAAACAGCCAACACACAAGCAUUACAGGAGACGGGAUAAUGGCGUCUAUGAGUGUGGUGGGGCAGCACCCGGGUCCUCACAGGCUGGACUCGGAACCGCUGCUCUUCAAACUGGCCGGAGCCAGGAAGAAAAUCACCCUGCCGAGGAUAUCUUCCUGGGAUAAGAUGAUGUUCAGGAGGAGCUCGGGCAGCGGCGGGGACUGCGGGGCGGCCACUACUGAAGGACAACCGGGAACUCAUCCCCUGUCUCCGGGACCGGCUGGAACAACGGCGGUGAAAGCAGGACCGCUGCCGGUGGAGGGAUGCGGAGCUCCUACCGGCCCUGCUACGCCACGUAGCCCGGACCGAGACAGAGAGGAGGGCAGCAUGGACAGCCGCACCGCAGCCGGGCUUCACGGAAGUCAAACCGGGAACAUCAACAGUGACUACAACAGCAACACCGACUGUUACACAAACCGUAACACAGGUAGCCGGAGGGGGUCUUCUCUCAAGAGGUUGGGCAUCAAUGUCAUGGCAAACGGAGCGGACACGAACGGACACAAAGGCUCGCACCGGCACCGGGUUGCGGCAGACGGGAGGCGGGACAGUCGGAGCAGAGACAGCGGACAGCCGAGCGUCUCCCCCCCCGGGCCGGCACCGGGGCUCAGUGGCAGUCUCUCUCUGGAGCGGCUCACACAGGGCAGGACGGGGGUCGUCAAGCUGGCCCGCACCGAGCUUCCCCGCAGAGAGGCCUGGUCCAUCUUCCCUCGGGGAGUGGACCCUCGGGUGAGGACCGAGAAAGGUGAAGGACACCGGUUCGAGUCCAAGCCCUGCACGCAGGACUGGUGUGACGCCUGUAGCCGCCAGAUCACUGCGCAGGCACUCAAGUGUGACAACUGUAGCUACACCUGUCAUCUGGAGUGUGAGAGCCGGGUCCAACUGGACUGCAACCGAAAGGACAGAGAAGAAGAAACUCCAUCUCCCAGAAGACGCUGCUCCUCCGCUGCCCCUCAGUAUAGGCAGAAGGAAGCAAAGGAGGAAGAGACGAGAGGAACAAAGGACCUAUCAGAAGAGGAGGUGUCGAAAAGGAUAGAGGAGUAUAAUGCUCAAGUCUCUGAAAAUGGCAUGAAUCUGGCUUCAGACGGAUCCUACACAGGCUUCAUUAAGGUCAAACUGAGGCUCAGUCGACCGGUCACAGUCCCCGCUGUAGAGGCGGGGGACUCGGAGGGGGCGUCCAGACAGGCGGGGGGCCGCACUCAACCGUCAGAGGGCCAGGAUGUGUCGGACUGUGGGCAGAGCGAAAAGAGAACAUCCUUCUACCUACCGAGCGACUGUGUGAAGCAGAUCCACAUCCGCUCUCUGACCACCGUCAGCGAGGUCAUCCAGGGCCUGCUGAAGAAGUUCAUGGUGCUGGAUAAUCCCCGCAAGUUUGCACUGUACAGGCAGACGCACCGCGACGGACAGGAUCUGCUCCAGAAGCUUCCUCUGUGUGAGCGUCCUCUUCUCCUGAGGCUGAUAACAGGACCCGACCCAGAGCACCUCAGCUUUGUCCUUAAAGAAAAUGAGACUGGAGAGGUGGAGUGGUAUGCGUUCUCUGUCCCUGAGCUUCAAAACUUCCUGGUGAUCCUGGGGAACGAGGAGGCGGAGCGCGUCCGGGCAGUGGAGCAAAAAUACACCGCUUACCGUCAGAAACUACAACGUGCCCUACAACAACAUGACCCCUGACCCCUUCACCUGCUACCUUACGACCUCAACCCAGGGAGAGACUGACCCCCCCCCCUCAAGACCCCUGAUCUAUUCCCAGACUGGAGCCAGAGCUGAACUUGUCCUCACCCUCCAACCCAUGCACCCAAACAUACAGUACAUACACAAACUGAUGCAUACCCUUUCUCAGGACGCAUUCAAGCCCCCCCACCACCCACACAUCCCCUCCCUGAGGAGAACCUCAUGGGUGUAAAGCAAAGUGCAAGGCAACAGGUUGUGUGGUCCAUUUUCUGAUUGGACAAGCAGUGUUGCCAAGGACACACACAUACAGAAAGAUCCCAUCAACUCAACAUCUAAAACUCUAGCUUGAGACCUCAUUUGGGGCGUAUUAUGAAUCAGUGGUGUUUUAAAAAGUUCCCUCUUGUUCCGCUGCUGCUGCUGCUGCUGCUGCUACUGCAAGUGUUACUUAUGCAUGAGUCUCUCUCAGCUCAUCCCCCUGCACACAGAAGGCAUGUUUCUUUUGAUGGAAGGACAAUCAUACUGUGUCUUCUUUUUAUUUAAUUGGAAUUGAUGUAUAGGGUUAUCAUCAGGUGUAUAUUUUUGUGCUGGAGUACAAGACGUGUGAGGGAGUUGUUUGGUAUAAGAGUUUGAAUGCGAGAACAAGAA